AUGGAGCCAAACCCAGGCGAGCUGCCUUUGGUGAACGGCCUCUUCCUUUGGUUCUUUGAUGACUCGUUCAUAGUAUCUGAGAUUGCGGGGUUGCCGCUCACCUUCUGUCUUGAAUUGCAGCUGAACAACCCUGAGAUGGUGGAAGGACUCGUCCUGAUCAAUGUGAACCCUUGUGCAGAAGGCUGGAUGGAUUGGGCCGCGUCCAAGAUCUCCGGGUGGACCCAAGCCCUUCCAGACAUGGUGGUGUCCCACCUCUUUGGGAAGGAGGAAAUGCAGAACAACGUGGAGGUGGUCCACACCUACCGCCAGCACAUCGUGAAUGACAUGAACCCCGGCAACCUGCACCUGUUCAUCAAUGCCUACAACAGCCGGCGGGACCUGGAGAUUGAGCGGCCGAUGCCCGGAACCCACACAGUCACCCUGCAGUGCCCUUCUUUGUUGGUGGUUGGAGACAGUUCUCCUGCUGUGGAUGCUGUGGUGGAGUGCAACUCGAAAUUGGACCCAACAAAGACUACUCUCCUCAAGAUGGCGGAUUGUGGUGGCCUCCCGCAGAUCUCCCAGCCAGCCAAGCUUGCUGAGGCCUUCAAGUACUUCGUGCAGGGCAUGGGAUACAUGCCCUCAGCCAGCAUGACCCGCCUGAUGCGCUCCCGCACGGCCUCCGGCUCCAGCGUCACGUCCCUGGAGGGCGCCCGCAGCCGCUCCCACACCAGUGAGGGUGCCCGCAGCCGCUCCCACACCAGCGAGGGUGCUCGCCUGGACAUCACCCCCAACUCCGGGGCCACCAGCAACAACGCCGGGCCCAAGUCCAUGGAGGUGUCCUGCUAGGCGGCCCGUGCCACGGCCGCCCCUGGACUCUGGGCUCACGCAGCUGCCCUUCCUCUGGCCCUUCCCGCCCCCGCCUGCCACACCACACAUAACUCGUAUUAACCCAAAGCUUAUGGUGUAAGAGAGCUCUGGGGGGACACAGUUAGACUGGGUUUGUCAAGGGCGCCUUUCCCAGCAGGGGCAGGGUGGGCGGACCGAAGGAAAAGAAGUAUCUCGGUGUCCUGUGCUCAUUGACGGCUGGCCUGGUGGCCGCCCCCUCACCCUCCCUCAGAGACGCCAAACUGCCAAAAACAAGACACGCCGCCCUCAACACUUCCUAAAUCCAGGCCUCGGCUGACCCGAGCAUCCUGGUUCUAAAGGGCACUUUGUCGGAAGCCCAGCCCCUCUACUUCCUGUUUCCUCUCCAACUAAAGACCAACUGACCCAGUUUCUGGAAACAGAACCCUGUUCCCAUUUGGGGAGGGGGAGAGCAGCGAAUUGUGGGUAGCUCUUUUUAACUGCACAAAACAGGAAGCGGGAGAGAGGUGGCAUUUAUGUGGAGGCUAGAAUGCUUGGAAAAACAAAUCUACGCAGUUGACGUGAAGACAUAGAUUUUUAAAGUUUGUGUAUAUAUCCACUUUUUAAUGCCGAAACAUACAAGCCUGUUUUUCUGGAACCCUUUCACUGGACAAUGAAAGUGGGCAGCAAAAUCUCCGGGCUUUCCAAAGAAAUGCUCUUGGCAAACAUUGGUAUCAUUGAAUUUGA